CGCAGGUGAGAGGGCCCCGCCUGAGGCCCCGCCCCCCCGGCCGCGCCCAGCUCCUCAGGCGAGCCAAUGGGAGCGUCGCCCCAAGUCUCUUCCCAUUGGCUGGCUGCCUGGCAUGCAAAUGAGCCGCGACGUCACUUCCUGGGAUAAAUCGAGCGCCAUUUUCUCUUUCUGGCUCUGGAUGAGGAGCGGGCGGAGGCCGAGGGGCGGGCGCGGGGGCUGAGCCGAGGUCGGUCCCGGGAUCCAGCGAUGCCGCCGCCGCUGUCGCCGCCGCCGCCGCCCUCGCGGUGCGCGGAGUGAGCGCGGCGGCAGGCGGAGGAGCAGCCGCGGGGCGGCGGGCACGGCACGGCGCGGCGCGGGAGGGGCGCGGCGGCCGAGGAGGAGGCGGCGGCGGCGGCGGCGGCGGCGGGGCCAGCGCUGUGAGGAGCGGGAGGCGGAGGCUGCGGCGCGGGCCCGCGACCCGGCAGGCGGCGGCGGCGAGGCGGCGGAGCGGCGGCGGCGGCGGGCUCCCCCUGCAGCCCGGCCGGACAUGCUUCAAGAAAUGUCUGCUUCACCUUCUUCAGUAGCAUCAGUGUAUCAGUUAAAGGACUGAGAUGGAGGAACUGUUUCCAGUGGAGCCUAACAUAUUGAACCACAUCUUCUGGCUGAUCUGAGCGUGGUGACAUCCUGUCAGCUCUGUUGUUACCUGCAGUGGACCAUGGGGUUCCUGUUCCACACCCACCCCAAUGGUAUCAGAAUGUCUUCCAGACUUCUUGCUGAUAAAAAAUAUUAGAAAACAAGACUAGCAUCUGUCAAAUGGGGCUCCCUCUCCAUUUCUCUCUACACACCUUUCCUUUGGGGGGAGAAGAAGAGGAGAAUAGCAUGAAAAGUGCAAAAUGUUUCAAAUUCCUGUUCAAAAUCUUGAUAAUAUCAGGAAGGCUCGAAAAAAGGUGAAGGGCAUUCUUGUGGAUCUUGGGCUUGACAGCUGCAGGGAAUUGUUGAAGAACCUUAAAAGUUUUGACCCAGGUGAAAAAUACUUUUGUAACACUUCAUGGAGUGAUGUCUCUCCUUGGGAGUCUGUGGGCAAAAGGAAGAGAUACAGAACAAAGCCGUACUGCUGUAGCUUAUGCAAGUUCUCGUCAAAAUUGCUUACUUCAUUCAAGAAUCACUUGCACCGUUACCACGAGGAUGAAAUGGACCAAGAGCUGGUGGUUCCUUGCCCAAAAUGUGCAUUUGCUUCUGAUCCCAAAAUAGUGGGAAAACAUAUCCGGAUGUUUCAUUCAUCUAAUAAAAGAAUACAGAACUAUACAGUCAGCAUUUUGGAUGGCAUGAAACAAUUCAGGAGUGACAUCAUAAACUUUACAUGUCUAAAAUGUCACUUUACAGACACAUUGUAUUACAAUAUGAAGAAACAUGUGCUGAUGAACCAUUUUCAAAACUUAAUAAGUACAUAUUUUGGCCAGAAACCUCAUGAAAGUAAAGAGAAUUCUAUUGAGCACUACUGUAAAAAAUGUAAUGCUUCUGCAAACAGCCAAGAUUCUUUAAUGUAUCAUGUCUUGACAGCUGAAACACACCGAGACCUGGAGAACAAACUUAGGUCUGUGAUUUCAGAACAUAUUAAGAAACCAGGACUCGUGAAACAAAUGCAUAUUGCUCCAAAGCCUCCCCAAGGUGUGGCAGUGGCUGCUCCAUCUGCAGGGCCUGUUGCUGCCCCAGCAGGUUCCGUCACAGCUCCAGCUUGCGUCCAGCUUGCAUUUCCACAGAAUAAUCAAACCCAGAGUGCGGUGCAGCCAACAGCAGUUCAAACCCAGGGUGUUGUGCAGCCAACAGCAGUUCAAACCCAGGGUGUUGGGCAGCCAACAGCAGUUCAAACCCAGGCUGUUGGGCAGCCAACAGGAGUUCAAAACCAGGCUGUUGUGCAGCCAACAGGAGUUCAAAACCAGGGUGUUGUGCAGCCAACAGCAGUUCAAAACACAGUCAGAUCACUGACUGUUCCAAGUGCCUCUGGUAGCCUUCCAUAUGCAACUUCUGCUCCGGUUGUUACCCCAUCGCAUGUUACUCUGGUAUCUAGUAAUCUUCCUGUAGGUCAGAAUAACCUUAAUAUUCAGCCGUCACCUUCCCAGCCUAUCAUUGUUUCCCAUAGGCUCCCCCUUAAUCAGCCUGUGAGGGCUGGAGCUAUUCCUCUUAAUCAUUCUGUUGGGACUAUAAAUAGAACUGUGGCCCCUGCAGUUCUUCCUCUUAAUCAACCUGUCAGGCCUGGGCUCUUUCCUAUUAAUCAACCCAUUGGUACUAUAAGUGGUCCAGUUGCAGCUGCAACGCUGCCUGUAACUCAACCUGUCAGCCCCGUGAAUCGACCAGUUGCACCAGGAGUCCUCCCUGUGAAUCGACCGGUUGCACCAGGAGUUCUUUCCGUCAACCAGUCGCUUGGGAAUGUGACUAGGCCCAUUGGUCCCAGGGUCCUUCCCGUGGCGCAGACAGUUGCGUCAGGCGUUCUCCAGUUUAACCAGCCUGUUGCCUCGGGGGUUGUUCCUGUCAGACAGCCUGUCAGACCGGGCUUUCUUCAGUUUAAUCAACCUGUUGCCCCAGCAGUUAUCCCAGUAAAUCAGCCAGUUCAACCUGCAGUUUCUCAAAACACAACUUUUUUGACAGCGGGUUCUAUACUUAGGCAGUUGAUUCCAACUGGUAAGCAGGUUAAUGGGAUACCUACGUACACGCUUGCCCCAGUUUCAGUUACUUUGCCCGUACCUCCUGGUGGUGGAGUAGCAACCGUUACGCCACCACACGUGCCCAUCCAACUAAUGCAGCCUGGGACAGUAACUCAGUUGUCGCAGUCACCGGCUAGCGCACCCUCUCCUCCAGUGGUUUUAACGUCUCAGAAUAUAGCAUUACAAGCCUCCCCGCCUGGUCCCGAAACAAGUCAGGCUAUCAGGCAGGCUAAGCAGUGGAAGACUUGCCCUGUUUGCAAUGAGCUUUUCCCAUCAAAUGUCUACCAGGUGCACAUGGAGGUGGCCCACAAACAUGGUGAAGUAAAAAUGGAGGAAGCGCUGGAACCUGACAAACUUGCAGCUUGCGCACCCUUUCUGAGGUGGAUGACAGAAAAGACGGUCCGGUGUUUCUCCUGUAAAUGUUUUCUCUGUGAGGAAGAGCUGAUGAAACAUCUCUUGAUGCAUGGCUUAGCUUGCUUGUUUUGCACAGUUACUUUCCAUGACUUAAAAAGCCUCGUGGAGCACAAUAAAACUACACACAAUGGGAAAAAGCAGUUACAUGCGGAUUAUAGCAACAGAGGAUUUCAGCUAGGUAAUGAUGCUCAGGGUGACCUUGUAUUUCCACACUUUGAUUUCAGUACAGCGUUACCAAAAGAAGACAUCGGUGAAAGAGAAGUACAUUUGGCAGUGCUUGCUGGACUAAAUUCAAGGACACUUGUCCCUGUUUACAUCAAAGUGAAACCUCAGACAGCAGAAGUGAACAAUAGAUGCAACAAAAAAGUGUUAACCUGUCCCUUUUGCUUUGGUACGUUUGUUAGUAAAGAAAUCUAUGAAAUGCAUUUGAAAGAGCGGCAUCAUAUAAUGCCAACUGUACAUACAAUUUUAAAGUCUCCUGCUUUCAAGUGCAUCCACUGUUGUGGUGUGUACACUGGAAAUAUGACUCUAACAGCUAUUGCUGUACAUUUGCUCCGUUGUAGAAGUGCUCCCAAAGACAGCAACUCAAGCGUGAAGAUGCAGCUUGAGCGUACUGAGAAGAAAGAGCUACUGUUUGUGAAUGGUGAAAAGCAUGACUCUCUGAUACUGAAAAGAAAGCAAUCGGAUUCCUGCUUUGUUGCAGAAGACCAAAGGAAUAAGGAACAGCAGCCUCUGAGCUUAAGUACUGGCAUAGCUCUAGCUCCAGAAAAAGAAGUGAAUUCAGGGGUAGUGCCUUUCAAACGACAAAAGAUUAAUACUAGAACUGAGAUGAAGAAGCUUCCUUCGAGUGAGGAUCUUCGCAUUCUAGCAGUAGAUCCUAAACAGUAUGAUCACAAUUCGUAUGAGGCUCAAAAACAGUUUUUGACAGACUACUUUCACGAGAGGCCAUAUCCUUCUAAAAAAGAGAUGGAAUUACUUUCCUCGCUGCUAUAUGCGUGGAAAAUUGAUGUUGCAACAUUCUUUGGAAAAAGGAGGAAUAUAUGCUUAAAGGCGAUAAAUAGUCACAAACCAUCUGUGCUGCUGGGUUUCAGUAUGUCUGAACUAAAAAAUAUUAAGCACAGUUUGAAUAUAAAAGAUGAACCAUUAGAUAUGUAAACAAGCUUUUUAUAACAGCUGAAAGCAAUCCAUAAUUGCAUACUUAUCGAUUUAGCAGUUUAUUGUAUUACUUGUUUUAACUUGCAGACUGGCCUGUUGAAGGGUGCAGUAGUACAAAAAGUCUCGUUCAGUUGUGACUGUUAUUGUGAAAGGCACACGUAGUUGUGUAUUUGAAAAAGCUAAAACCUUCAGACUUACGCAUCUGGAAUUUGUUUUAGCUUUUUACUUUUUCUGGAGUAGUGGGGUUUUUGGGGUUUUUUUGUUCCGUUUCCCUUCCUUCCCCUCCAGGCUCCCAUUACACUUUUUAUACCACCAUGGAAAACAUUUGUCCUGUUAAAACCAAAUUUUAUUUUAUUUUUCUGCAAUGUCAUCAUCUUUUCUAAACAAUAAAAUGUGUAAUAUUGGUUAAAAUACUGCGGUAAACUACGUGAAAAACAUCUAUUUGAUUAUUUGUGUUUUUAAGUCCUCCUAAUUUUUUUAACCUAUUUUUGUUCUAUCUACUCAAGAAGUGAUUGUAGCCUUUACAGCCAUUGCCCCUUCAAAUUCCCAAUGCACUGGUAGCAAUAAAAUACAUGGCAAUCUCUUUUUUUUUUUUUCUUAGUCAAAAUACCUGUGCCAGUUAAGUCUGGUGACUUGUAGUAUCUAACUAGUGUUAACAUGGUGGGGAUUGAGGGGCUUGGGGUGCCUAUUGAAGUGUUAUAAUUAACUGACUUCAAAUGGUUGUGUUAUUACCUGUUAAAUAGAUCUUGCUAACCAGAAGUGUUUACUCUUUUUGUUGGUGUUGAAGCCUGGUUGUUUAAAAACCUGUUGUUCAAAGCUUGGUAGCAGCAUCUGGUUUCUUUUUCAAAAAGCGAAACUGCUUUGGAGAGUGUCAGAUUGUUUUGAUACAUGAGUAUAUGACUUCUGUGCACAUCACUUACCUGUAGAAGCCCUAUCCGAAUAUCACCGAGGUUUGGUAAAAAAUCUGAUCUUUAUUUUAAAUUGCUGUUGGGUGAGGUAGUGACUGAGCAGUGCCUCCUCCCCAGCAAAUUAUAUACAUGGCUUGAAGUCCUUUGAGUCAGAAAUUGUACAGGCUGAAACUGGAUGAAUUGGUAACAUCAAGACUUUAAACUGUUGAGUACCUGAACCAAUGAUACUCAUGUAGUGAUUGUUUUUAAUUGUCCUAUAGAGAGCAUAAGAAUAGUAUAAAACCCAAGUAGACUAUCUGGUUCAAUAUGAGCUAGCAUCUCUAUUACAGAUUACAGAAGAGCUGUUGGGAAAGUUCACUGAGUUGAACAAACUAUAGUACUGGUGGCCACAUUGAGGCCCUGUUUAGUACUGUCCGUCCUUUCUGGAUAUGCUUUGUUUCAUCUGGCUUGUCAAACAGUGCCUCUGAUAUUCAUUAAUAGCCAGUUAUACAAUAAAUAACUUAUAAUAUGCAUUAUUUUUUCUUCCUCCUCUUCAUCCCCCUCUCCCCACCCUUCUUUCCCAGAAAUAAAAAAAAAAAAAGAGCAGGCUCUUCCGUCAGUUCACUUGUGCCAGUGUUACAAGGAAAGGGUGAUAUGCCCAAGCUUAUUUCUAUUUUUUUAGGUAGUAAGCAUACUUUUGCCUUGUGCAAUAGUUUUUAAAGCAGAUACAGAAUGUUUUUUGUGCCGUUUCUAAAAGGGCAUGACAUUUUUAGCAGAAUUUGGUGACUGUCCACCUGAAGUUCUGUAAGCUGUUUGAAAUUCUAUUUUGGAUACAAUCUUGCUAUUUUCAUAUUGAUCACUUCAAAGAAUUUUAAUGUAUAUGUAACGUACAGUUACUUAAACUGAGAGAAUCUGCUAUUUGGAAAAACCUAGUCAUUUAAUAGCAGUCUUGAACAAAGAUAAGUACCAUUUAUGGGAUUGUCCGCACGCCCCACCCCAAAGAGUGACAGUAAGAAGCAGUGUGUUCUUAUAGCCUAAUAAUAGCUCAUUAAAAAUAAAAAAAUGAUAUUUGGGCAUAACACAGUUCAUGAACCAGUUGGAAGGGCUCUGAGUGGGCAAGAGGGAUGCUCUAUAGAAGUUCUGAAAUCUGGGCACUCAUUUUCACUCUUAAAACCUCGAUACUGUGAGCCCUGUCAUCUUUGGGGUAGUUCUGCUGGUAUUGCUGAAACUCCAGCAGGGAGGAAUUUGGCAGCGUGCAUCUGGGGAAGGCUUGCCACGAAUGGUUAAAGAUUGUUCUUGAGAUAACAGCAUGGCUUGGAGUGGGGAGCUGGGAAGUCAUUUCAGGGUUCAUCCAUGCUUGGGGCACCAAGGGAGCAGUCCAGUCUUACCAGAGUUUUCCUACCUAGUGUCCAGUGUUGAUUUUGAGCAUUUUAUUUAUUGGACUUUGAUUUCACAGUUUCAAAUAAACCAGCUUUCUAACUUUC